GAAACUAGAAGUUACAAGUUUCAGUUGUAAUUCACCCCUAAAAUUCCAUCGUCCACUUUUCAGCAAUCGGAGAUCGAUAAUUCGAUCUGGCAUUCAGAUCGGCUUAAAUAAUUAUCAUUUCAUCAAGUAAUCACUUGAUACGUUUCCGCAAAUCUUCUCUUCUUCCCGAUGAGUCUUAGUAAGAUUGAGAGUCGGGAGCCGAGCUCGAAGAACCUGGAUGGCAUAAUUUCAGAAAGGGAAAGUUUUGAGCUUUGUGGGCCCUCACACUUAACUAACAUUGACUGGACUAAUCCAGAUCACCGAAGAUCCGUUGCAGCAUGCUUGGUUCAAGGAGUAUACAUCUUAGAGCGGGAUCGUCAAGAAAACCGUCAAGCAUCAGAAGCUCUUGCUCCACCAUGGUGGAACUUCUUCCAGUUUGACUUACACAGUCAACUCAUAGACGACGCCGAUUCAUGCAUCUUCGGUGCCAUCUACAAAUCCAAACACCCACCUUCACAACACACCCCGUCUUACGUCAUCGCUUUCCGUGGCACGUUAAUCAAAGGCAACGCAUUCUCACGCGACUUAGAACUCGACAUCCACAUCAUAAAAAACGGGUUGCAUCUAACAUCAAGAUUUGAUAUUGCUAUGCAAGCGGUUAGAAACCUGGUUGGAAGUCAAACGUCAAAGUCAAACAUUUGGUUGACGGGCCAUUCGUUAGGAUCCGCAAUGGCGUUACUUGCGGGAAAACGAAUGGCGAAAACCGGGAUCUUUCUUGAUUCGUAUCUUUUCAACCCGCCGUUUUUUUCCGCACCGCUUGAAAACAUCAAAGACGCGAAUAUCAAACACGGGAUCCGGAUCGCGAGCAGUUUUCUCACUGCGGGACUUGCGGUUGCUGCGAAGAUCAAGAAUGCGAAUCAGCAAAGAAGCAACACGCCGGAAGAUUCUUUUCUUGCGUUGGCUGGGUGGGCCCCGUGUUUGUUUGUGAACCCGAUGGAUCAUAUAUGUUCGGAGUAUAUCGGGUAUUUUGAACACCGGAAAAAGAUGGAGGAGAUUGGAGCAGGUGGGAUCGAACGGCUGGCGACACAGCAUUCUAUUUCGGGUGUUUUUCUGAACGCGAUAGGGAAAGAGUCUCAUGAACCGCUUCAUCUUCUUCCUUCGGCGAAUUUGACCGUUAAUUUGACUCCUGCUGUUGCUUUCAAGGAUGCUCAUGGUAUUCAUCAAUGGUGGAGAUGUGAUCAGCAGUUGGAGAAUAGGGUUUACAGUUGAUCAGGUGUCUAAAACUACUGCAUUUAUGUUGACUUGUCUUUUGAGGUCAAACAUCUUAGCAUUUGUUAUUUAUAAAAAAGUUUGAUUAUUUGUGGUGAGAAA